AUGUUGUUAUAUGUAACCAAGUGCAUAGUUUGUGAUGUAGAAUGCACCAAAGGUUGUGCUGCUACGUGAACCUCUAUAAUAAUUUAUGUUGUUGCGGCCAAGUUUUCCUAGAAAAAAAAAAAACGAAAAACAAAGAUUAACUUGAAUUUCCUCAUAAUUUUCCUUCCUAAAGCAAAUAGAAAUUGAGAAAAAAUAGACAAGACAAGGAAAAAAAAUAACAGUAAUAAUGAAGAAAAUUUCAUAAUUUUCAUUUUCAUUACCAGAAAACAAGUGAGAGAGCCAAAGUGAGCUGUAACUGUAAUAUGUUCAAUUGUUCUCCACCUUCUUAGAUCAUCCAUCACAAUUCUCACUCCCUCCCAAUUUUCUCUCUCCUCUUUUGUCCUCAGAUUUCUUAAACCCUAAUUUAACCCCCAAAAUUUCCCAGAUUUGCGUCUAAUCUCAAGCAAUUGAUCAUCAUCGUCGUGCUAUCCGUCCCUAAAUUCGUAGCUAUUUUGAGGAUUUACAUUAUUUGUCAAUGCAAUGGUGGUCUGUAAAUGCCGCAAAGCAACUAAAUUAUACUGUUUCGUGCACAAGGUUCCUGUUUGCGGAGAAUGCAUAUGCUUCCCUGAACACCAAAUUUGUGUGGUCCGCACCUACUCAGAGUGGGUAAUAGAUGGAGAGUAUGAUUGGCCUCCUAAUUGCUGUAAAUGCAGUGCUGUGCUCGAGGAAGGAACAGAUCCUCAAACUACUCGCCUUGGCUGCUUGCAUGUUAUACACACAAAGUGCUUGAUUUCACACUUAAAAAGUUUUCCUCCGCACACUGCACCAGCUGGAUAUGUCUGCCCUGCAUGUUCAACUUCAAUAUGGCCUCCAAAAAAUUUCAAGGACUCUGGAUCACACCUUCAUUCAAAGCUUAAGGAGGCAAUUAUGCAAACUGGUCUUGAGAAAAAUGUUUUUGGAAGCCAUCCUGUCUCGAUGACAACACCAGACCGUGGCCCUCCCCCUGCCUUUUCUUCAGAUCCCUUGAAACGUGUAUCUGGUGCUGGAGGCAUCGAAGGAAUAAAAAAUGAAUCAACAAUUGGGGUCGGAAUAGGAUCAUCUAAUGCUACUACACAAGACAUAGUAGAGAUAGAUGGUUCUAGUCAUGAGCCUAAUUAUGUAAAAGCUGGAAGUCCUGCAAGUGCUGGGGCUAGUACAAGGAAAGGUACUAUCCAUGUUGAAAGGCAAAACUCUGAAAUUUCAUAUUUUGCUGAUGAUGAGGAUGGAAACAAGAAGAAAUACUCUCGAAGAGGUCCUUUCCGUCACAAGUUCCUGAGAGCACUGCUGCCCUUUUGGUCCAGUGCUUUGCCCACUUUGCCAGUAACUGCCCCAUCUCGUAGGGACUCAUUAAAUGCUGACGAUGGUAAAGAAGGGCGUGUGCGGCAUCAGAAAUCAUCAAGAAUGGAUCCGAGAAAAAUUCUCCUUUUCAUAGCCAUAAUGGCAUGCUUGGCAACAAUGGGUAUCCUCUAUUACAGACUCGCUCAAGGUAGCCUAGAGCAAAUGCCUAAUGAUGAACAAUAAUGAUUUGCUGUGUAAGGUAUUAAUACCAUCCUACACUGACAGUCUGAGUCUCUGGCAGUUUGAUUCAUCUAAUUUGUAAACUCAUAGCUAGGUGGUUGGUGUUUUUUGUUAUCUUUUUUUUGGUUCUUUUAAACGUCACUACAUGUUCUCUAUAUAGAAUUUUAUUUGUUCUUUUCUUCCAUUUUAUUGGGGAAUUAGGGAUGUUUCAACUGUUGUCUGCACUGUUUGCUUGAAGAGCUCCUGUAUGCUCUUCUUCAGCAGGAUGGGUUAAACUUCACAUCUUCCCCUUUGACCCCCUCUUCUAUUUUGGGACUUAAAAUCUGUAAAAUCCUAGGGUUCAUCAUGCGUUGUUGAUUGGACCCCUAGUUUGUUCUUGUCCCAGUUUUGAUUUAGCAAUUUUUUAUUUAUUUAUUUAUUUUUUUAUUAAGGAAAUCAUGAGCCGGGAAUAUUAUUGCAA